UUCUCUUGUCGGCGCUGGUGUCCUGGGAAUCCCUUGGCCGCUCCGCCCGGCAUCCCGGUGCUCCCGUGGGCAGCUGCGGGUAGGCGAGGACCGGCGGCGAGCCGGAGUUUCCCGGUUAUCCGCAGGAGUCGGCGCCGGGCUUUGGGCUCCGUUGUCGGCGGCACCGGCGGGAGCAUCCUCUGGAGAGCCCGCCCCGAGCCAGGAAAAGCAGAAUGAAGGAACUAGUGUCAAACAGUACAACCAGUAUUUCUCAAGCCAGGAAAGCCGUGGAGCAAUUAAAAAUGGAAGCAUACAUGGAUAGAAUAAAGGUAUCCAAGGCUGCAGCAGAUUUAUUGGCCUAUUGUGAUGCACACAUUGGAGAAGAUCCCCUUAUUAUUCCUGUACCUGCAUCUGAAAAUCCCUUUAGGGAGAAGAAACUCUUUUGUACUAUCCUUUGAGUCAGUUUUCAAUUAAAAAUGUCAUCUGCUAAAACUUGGUAUCAGUGUUGCAUGCUUUUAGCAUUUUUUUCCUCAGAUGUCAACACUUACCCCAUAACUACAAUAUUUUAGUGCAAUUUUGGCUAAAAACCCCCUUAAAAUUAAAAAAAAAAUAAAAAAAGAAAAAUUCAAGGUAAUGCUUAUCUUUCAGAGCAAUGUACAAGUUUAAUUUCAGUACUUCAUAAAUAUUCUUUUGGUCUUAGUGAAAAUACCAAGUACAGUAUCAAAUUGUAGGUAUCUUUGCCAGUGAUAGAUUUUUUCUGGGAUCUAAAUGAGUCAUAUCAAUUCUUGAAGCUAUUUUUAACAUUCUUAUUUUCUUUGGAAGGUGAAUUCAAUUCAAUUGCCUUUACAAAUUUCUAUCUAAAGAGAGUAGUGUGACCUUUUCCUCAAGUAGCACUUUUUAGGAAAAAGUCCCAGUGAUUUACAAUGUUUACAGUGAUUGGUCUUAUACAGUAAGUGGUGUCUGUAAAUAUGUUUUCUGAAGACUGUUUUUUCUUGACUACAAAAACAAUCCUAGUAAAGUGCCAUUGUAGCUACGAGCAGAAUGAAGAUGUAUAGUUACACAUCAGGAUUGCAUCAAUAAAAAUGUAGAAAACUGUGGUUGCUUGUAUCUUAUUUUGAAUGGUAAUGAUUUAAAUUAUUUAGAAAGUAAACUGAACUGUGAAGUAACUGUUCCUGAGAGUUUUAGUGGGAGGUGUAAAACUGCCCUGAACAGCACAGAGAGGAGAAUUACAUUUUCUGAGCAGCCCUCUACAUGCUUUUGCCUGUGAGAGUAGGACUUUAUGGGGAUGUAGAUUAAUGGUAAAUAAAUGUUGUUCUAGGAUAUGCAGCAAGACCACUGUGCUGUUGACAGCCACUAUGUUUGUACAUUUUGUGGCCACAGAUUAGUUGAGUUGUCAGCAAGUAAUUUGUGGAGGUUCUGGAAUGUUUCUUUGUUUCAAUUUUAAAGUGCAGUGAGAAGAAAAGAAUGAGAUGUGAAAUAAGACUGCCUUCUUCAUGAAGUAAAAUUAAGCUCCUACAAGGCACCUGAUGGAAGCAACUGUUACUUUAGACACUUUUUUUUGUUGUUGUUCUUCUCCUUAUUAAAAAAAAUAAAAGCUCUUUUUCAAUCUGA